AUGGAGGACAUCGAAUUUCAGAAUAAGUCCACGGUUUCUGAGCAUAACGAGACUAUUCUGAAUACCGAGAAGCGUGAGGCCAUGUCCAAGUACGGCGUCGACCAGGAGACCGCCGAAUAUGCGAAUGGUCCGCCUGUCUUCAUUGACCCGGCGACCAACCGACGCUUAUUCUGGAAGAUUAACGGGCGAAUUUUGCUCGCCAUGACUGGGACGUAUUUCUGCCAAUCUCUUGACAAGGGCACACUUGGCUUCAGCUCAAUCAUGGGCAUCCAGAAGGAUGCUCACCUGACCAGCAAUGACUACAACUGGCUAGGAACGAUUCUGUACAUUGGAAUACUCCUUGGAGAAUACCCUACCAAUGUGCUUAUUCAGAAGUUGCCAGUUGGCAAAUAUUUGGCGGCAAAUGUCUUCCUUUGGGGUGUAGUUAUUUCAUGCAGUGCGGCGGCUACAAACUUUCCCGCAUUGAUGGUUGUCCGAUUCUUGCUUGGUGUGCUUGAGUCCUGUGUCCAGCCAAUAUUUGUCCAAAUGACCUCGAUGUGGUACACAAGACAGGAGCAGUUGAUGCUCCUUGCGUUCUGGAAUUGCAUGACCGGACUACAGUUGAUGGUUGGCGGUGUUCUCGCAUGGGGAACAAGCCAUUACGUCGGCCACCACAUUCAUUCAUGGCAAUUACUCUUCCUCGUUCUCGGCGUAGCCACAGUCGCCUGGGCUAUCUUCCUUGCAUGGUACGUUCCGGAUAGUCCGAUGAAGGCCAAGUGCUUCAACGAAGAUGAAAAGCGCUUGAUGGUCGAACGCGUUCGAGCAAAUGAAACCGGUAUCCAAAACAAGGUCUACAAAAAAUAUCAGCUGUUGGAGGCCUUCUCAGACCCUGCAAUAUGGCUCUAUGUCGGAGUGCAGGUAACAAGUACCCUUAUUCUUGGUGGUUUGGGAACUUUCUCAAACAUUAUCAUCAAAAGUUUCGGGUUUACCACUCUUCAAACACAGCUUCUCAAUAUUGCACAGGGCGGCGUCGUUAUUGCUGUAAUGUUAGGCUCGGCCUCACUAGCCACGAAAACCAAGCAGACGGUCUUGGUUAUGCAUCUGUGGACAUUACCUCCAAUCAUUGGCACGGCAAUCAUAUACUCCAUCAAGCCAACGGCAUCAACCAGAGUCGGUCUAUUGAUUGCUUUCUACUGCACGCAAUUUAUCUGGUCCAUGGGCCCCAUGUUGUUUUCGUUGGUAUCUCGCAAUGUAGCCGGCCAAACAAAAAAAUCUACUACCCUUGCAAUUACAUUUAUUGCUUGGUCAGCAGGAAACGCUGCUGCACCACAGGUCUUCCAAUCAUCUGAUGCCCCUCGAUACGAAAAGGGAUUCACCGCCCACUUCUGUCUCUACGGCCUACUUAAUGUUGUCCUGCUUGUUCUACGAUGGGUUCUCGUCCGUCGUAACAAACUAAAGGAAACCAACGAAUUAUCCGCGCAGUCUACAAGUGAGACUACUCAUGAGUAUGCCUUUAUGGAUAUGACGGAUAAGGAGAAUCCUAACUUCAGAUACGUCUAUUGA